GAGUGCGUUGAGAGGAGUGGUGGUGUGGUGCCCUCUGCGAUUUUGUUGUAUCUAGUGAGCUGUUUUUGAAUUUUACUUUUGAUUGGUUUGUGUUUGAGCUUGUGUGUGUCUAGAUCAGUGUGUGUUUGGGGGAGGAUUGCUUGUGUGUGUGUGUGUGUGUGUGUGUGUGUGUGUGUGUGUAGUAUGUGUGUUGUGUUUUCAGUUUACUUGCAUGUGAGUACCUGAUUGUUUGUGUGCAUUGUGUUUUAAGAUUACUUGUGUGUACCUGUUUGUGUGUGAGUGUGUGUGUUGUGUUUUAAGUUUCCUUGUGUGUGAGUACCUCUUAGUGUGUGUAUGUGUGUGUGUAGAAAUACCUGUGGGUGACUGUGUGUGAAUCUGUGUGUUUUUGUCCUGUAAGUACACGUGUGGUAGGUGUGAGAACACCCGUGUGAGGGAAAGUUUUGAGGCCUUCUGUCAACUUGGCCAUUGUUUCUAAGUAGCUGACUAGUAUUCCACUGUGAUAACAAACUACAUUAUCCAUUCUUCAAUUGAGGGACAUCUGGGUUGUUUCAAGUUUCGGGCUGUCAUGAAUAAGGCUGCUAUGAAUACGGUUGAGUAGCAUCAAUACUUUGUUACCUCAAAUGAGCUCUGAGAGCGAACAAGAGUCAAAAAAGCUCAGAUCGGAGCCCAGCCCCUCUGGCAUGGAGAGUUUCCACUCUCAAUAUGUAGUUUUAAAUACCAUCGGCCAGGGAGGCUACGCCAAAGUCAAGCUGGCGAGGCACCGCCUCACUGGCAAGCUCGUUGCUGUCAAACUAAUACGCAAGAGGGAGCACUGGUGCCAUCCGGUCACCUCUGAGGUAGACAUAUUGAAGAUGACCAACCAUCCCAACAUCAUCUCUCUGUUUCAAGUCAUUGAGACUAAGAAGAGAAUAUACCUCAUCAUGGAGUUGGCUACAGGUAAACUACUUUAUGAACACAUCCAAGAAGCUGGUUACCUGCAGGAGGAUGAGGCACGGAGAAUAUUCAAACAAAUAUUAAGUGCUAUGAGCUACUGCCAUGACCACGGGAUCAUUCACAGAGAUUUAAAACCUGAUAAUAUUAUGAUAGACAAUAAUGGAAAAAUAAAAAUUCUUGAUUUUGGGCUCGGCACCCAAGUGAAGUCUGGGCAAAAGCUGACCUUUCAAUGUGGGACCUAUCUAUUUAGUGCUCCCGAGGUACUCCUCGGGAGACGAUAUGAUGGCCCCAAAAUCGACGUAUGGACCCUAGGGGUUGUAUUAUUUUAUAUGACAACAGGAAUGGUCCCGUUUGAUGAUGCCAGCACACCACAGUUGCGACAGAAGAUUGUGUUAGGAAACUAUUCUAUCCCCUGUUGCCUGUCAAUAGAGCUCCAACACAUGAUUAGUUACCUACUGACAACGAAUCCAAUACACAGGCCCACCAUCACUGAAGUAAUGAUCCAUCCUUGGCUCAAAAAGGACUCAGAGGGGUUCCCAGAUCCUUGUGAGAAACAGAUCCCCCUCAGGCCAGACCCAGCCAUUGUAAAAGCCAUGGCAUACCUUGGAUUUCAAGCAGAAGACAUUAAAGACUCACUAUGCCAUAAAAAAUACAACCAGGCCAUGGCUUCAUAUUGUUUUUUCAAAGAGCAGGCUCUUCAGGAGUGUGACAGCCCUACCAGGGCUCAACCCAUGAAUCCAUCGAAAACACCAUACCCUUCUUUUGAUUAUCCUGCUACUUUCCACCUGGAACUAAGGAGAAGAAGCGAGCCCAUCUUGUUUUCUUCCUCCUCCAACAGUCAAAUGACUCCCCAUGGCCAGAAGGCUAAGCAGAGAGAAAACAGAAGAGUCAGUUGGCCUGGUGUUCUUCCCUGCAGGUCACUCCAGACUACACCAACAAUGGGCCAAGCCCACAUACGUUUUAGGAGUGUCCCCUUCGGGUACUCAAUGUGUUUCAGACAGAGCAGCAGCACCAGUGCCUCAGCAGAGCACAAGCCCGUCCCCAGCAGGGGCCAGCCUACAGGUUUCAAGGGAUGGUUUAAGAAGAUAGGAAAUACCCUAAGGAAGCUUUGUUGUUGUAUACCAGCAAGAAACGAACGUCUCCUGGGGGAGAAAAGAGUCUCCCCACAGACAUAAAACACCAGGAGGGCAUCCAGAGAACAAACAUCCAGCCUGGCCCAGAAGAUCACUAGAGGAUGCUGGAUGCUACAGUUCUACAAUCACAAUGUUGGAGAGGACCCAGGUGUAGACACUGACCUGCAGGAGGGAGCCUUGUGGAAAGCCAUCAUGUUCCAGGUCCAUCACAUAUUGCCCAGAGCCCAGAGUCCAGCCAGGAGGAAGGGAGCAAAUGAUGAAACUCCAGUUGGUAGAAGGAAUGAAUUCCUACCUCAAAGGCAUCACUAUUCAGGGCAGUGGCUGAAAGCCUGUCCAAAGCUGGUAAAGACAGGAGCCCCUAAGCCUACCCAGGGUCACAUCAGACCCUUCCUCUCGGUGCACGUUCCCGCCUCACUCUUAGUAGAAGACUCAAGGCUUCUUGACAUGUUUGUUAUGAUGCAGAGUAUAAAAUAGAUGUUUGUGAAUG